CGUCGGUGACGUCAGAAUGAUGCGAUUUUGCUGACGACAAAGUUAAGUAAGGCUAAUUAAAACCUUAAAACAAAAAAGUCAGUCAAAGUUAAUUCACGUGCACGAUGGAUGGAAGCGUGAAGUGGAAAUUAUACAACGGAGACUUUGCUUCAAACGGAGCUAGCACGGAGCUAACGUGAGCAAGCGACGUCACCAGUUCACAGAUGACAUCCACAGGCACGAGAAAUUUAAAAAGAGGUAUGAUGUGGAAGAGACGAGAGAAGAGAGAAGAAAAUGAGAGGUCAGAGUGGUCCAGAAUGGAGAAGCUGCAACGUGUCCACAUUGCACAUUUGGCAGCUGCACACUAGACGGACAGUUGUACAACGACAAGGAUGUUUGGAAACCAGAGCCGUGCCAGAUCUGCGUGUGCGACAGCGGCACGGUCAUGUGCGACGAAGUCAUCUGCGAGGACUCUUCCGACUGUGCCGACCCCAUCAUCCCAGACGGGGAGUGCUGUCCCAUCUGCCCCGACCAAGAUGGACCCCAGCUUCCCGGCGAGAAGGGAGAGGUUGGCCCCAAGGGAGAGAGAGGUCCCAUGGGUCCUCCUGGCAACGAUGGAAUCCCCGGACAGCCUGGCCUUCCCGGACCACCCGGCCCCCCUGGCCCCCCUGGCCUUGGCGGAAACUUCUCUCCUCAAAUGAGCUACGUCGACCAUUCCAAGGCCAGCGGCGGCCCCCCCAUGCCCGGCCCCAUGGGCCCAAUGGGUCCCCGUGGUCCUCCCGGACCCCCCGGCUCCUCUGGUCCUCAGGGUUUCACUGGCCCACCCGGAGAGCCUGGUGAGCCCGGAGCCUCUGGUCCCAUGGGUCCCCGUGGUCCCGCUGGCCCCGUUGGAAAGAACGGAGAUGAUGGUGAGGCUGGCAAAGCUGGACGUCCUGGCGAGCGUGGAGCCCCUGGCCUGCAGGGUACCCGUGGAUUCCCCGGAACCCCAGGACUCCCUGGCAUCAAGGGACACAGAGGUUUCAGCGGUUUGGAUGGAGCUAAGGGAGAUUCUGGACCCGCCGGACCCAAGGGAGAGGCUGGUGCCCCUGGUGAGAACGGAAUCCCUGGAGCCAUGGGUGCUCGCGGUCUUCCUGGUGAGAGAGGCCGUCCUGGACCUGCCGGCCCCGCUGGUGCUCGUGGUAACGAUGGCAAUGCUGGCCCUGCCGGACCCCCUGGACCUACUGGACCUGCUGGCCCCCCUGGAUUCCCCGGUGGUGCUGGUGUGAAGGGAGAGACUGGUCCCCAAGGAGGCCGUGGAGCUGAUGGACCCCAGGGAGCCCGUGGUGAGCCUGGUAACCCUGGACCCCAGGGAGCUGCCGGACCUGCUGGUGCCCCAGGAUCUGAUGGCCAGCCUGGCGCCAAGGGUGCAACUGGUCCUGCUGGUAUUGCUGGUGCUCCCGGUUUCCCCGGUGCUCGUGGUCCUGCUGGAGGUCAGGGCGCCAUCGGUGCUCCUGGUCCCAAGGGUAACAACGGUGACCCAGGUCCCUCAGGUCCUAAGGGAGAGCCCGGUGUCAAGGGAGAGACUGGUCCCGCUGGAGUUCAGGGACUUCCUGGCCCCUCUGGCGAGGAGGGCAAGAGAGGACCUCGCGGAGAGCCUGGUGUUGGUGGACCCCGUGGACCUCCUGGAGAGCGUGGUGCUCCUGGUGCUCGUGGUUUCCCUGGAGCUGACGGAGCUGCUGGUGGCAAGGGAGCCCCCGGUGAGCGCGGUGCCACCGGACCAUUGGGAGCUCAGGGAGCCACUGGUGAGGCCGGAGCUCCUGGCGCCCCCGGUGCCCCUGGAUCCAAGGGUAUGACUGGUAGCCCCGGAAGCACUGGCGCUGACGGCAAAGCUGGACCUGCUGGUCCUACUGGACAAGAUGGACGCCCUGGACCUGCUGGCCCCGCUGGAGCCAGAGGACAACCUGGAGUGAUGGGAUUCCCUGGACCCAAGGGAGUUGCUGGUGAGAACGGCAAGGCUGGCGAGAAAGGUCCCGCUGGCGCUGUCGGCCCCGUUGGUGCCCCCGGCAAAGAUGGUGACGUUGGUGCUCCUGGACCUUCUGGCCCUGCUGGACCUGUUGGAGAGAAGGGAGAGAUGGGUCCCGCUGGACCUUCCGGAUUCCAGGGUCUUCCUGGACCCCAAGGUGCUACUGGUGAGACUGGCAAGCCUGGUGAGCAGGGUGUUGCUGGUGAGGUUGGACCUCCUGGCCCAUCUGGACCAAGAGGCGACAGAGGUUUCCCUGGUGAGCGUGGUGCUCCUGGUCCCUCCGGCCCAACUGGAGGCCGUGGUGCUCCUGGCCCCUCUGGUAACGAUGGACCUAAGGGAGAGCCCGGUGCUGCUGGUGCCAACGGCGCUGCAGGAAGCCCCGGUAUGCAGGGAAUGCCCGGCGAGCGUGGAGCUGCAGGUCUGCCUGGCGUGAAGGGAGAGAGAGGUGAUGCCGGCGUCAAGGGAGCUGAUGGUGCCACCGGCAAAGAUGGCGUCCGUGGUAUGACUGGUGCUAUUGGACCCCCUGGACCUCCUGGUGCUCAGGGUGAGAAGGGUGAGCCUGGCCCCGUUGGAGCUGUUGGACCCACCGGCCCCCGUGGUUCCCCUGGUGAGCGUGGAGAGGCUGGCCCUGCCGGACCUGCUGGAUUUGCCGGACCCCCUGGUGCUGAUGGUCAGCCUGGUGCCAAGGGAGAGAGUGGUGAUACUGGACCCAAGGGAGACGCUGGUGCUCCUGGACCCGGCGGACCUGUUGGAUCUGCUGGACCUCAGGGACCUCCUGGUCCUGCUGGAGCUAAGGGUGCUCGUGGUGGUGCUGGACCUCCUGGUGCUACUGGUUUCCCUGGACCCGCUGGCAGAGUUGGACCCGCUGGCCCCGCUGGAGCUGCUGGAGCUCCCGGACCUGCAGGACCCGUUGGCAAAGAUGGCGCAAGGGGAGCUCGUGGUGAGACUGGUCCUGCCGGUCGCGCCGGAGAGCCUGGUGCUGCUGGACUCGCUGGAGCUCCCGGUGAGAGGGGAUCCCCUGGUGCUGAUGGAGCCCCUGGUGCCGCCGGUCUGCCCGGACCCCAAGGUAUUGGUGGACAGCGUGGUAUUGUAGGUCUCCCCGGACUGCGUGGAGAGCGUGGCUUCUCUGGUCUGCCCGGUCCUGCUGGUGAGCCUGGAAAGCAGGGACCUGGUGGACCUGUUGGUGAGCGUGGAGCCCCUGGACCUGCUGGACCUCCUGGACUGGCUGGUGCUCCCGGAGAGGCUGGUCGUGAGGGAGGUCAGGGACACGAUGGUGCACCCGGUCGCGAUGGAGCUGCCGGCCCCAAAGGAAACCGUGGUGAGGCUGGUGUUGCUGGACCCCCAGGACCUCCUGGUGCUCCCGGAGCCCCCGGAGCUGUUGGCCCCUCUGGCAAGACUGGUGAUCGUGGAGAGCCUGGUCCCGCUGGUCCCGCUGGUCCUUCUGGUCUUGCUGGCGCCCGUGGUCCCGCUGGCCCUGCCGGAGCCAAGGGAGACAGAGGAGAGGCUGGUGAAGCCGGAGAGAGAGGACACAAGGGACACAGAGGAUUCACCGGCAUGAGUGGCCUGCCUGGACCUUCUGGACCUGCUGGAGAGAGAGGACCCGCUGGAGCCUCUGGACCCGCUGGACCAAGAGGACCUUCUGGAUCUAACGGCUCCCCCGGUAAGGACGGCAUGAACGGUAUUCCCGGACCCAUCGGACCUCCCGGACCUCGUGGUCGCAAUGGAGAGAUGGGACCUGCUGGUCCUGCUGGACCUCCCGGACCUCCCGGACCCCCUGGUGCUCCCGGCGGUGGAUUUGACUUCAUCAGCCAGCCUAUUCAGGAGAAGGCCCCCGAUCCCUUCCGUGCUGGUCACUACCGCGCCGACGACCCCAACGUGCUGCGCGAUCGCGACAUGGAGGUGGACUCCACUCUGGAGUCUCUGACCACCAGGAUCGAGAAGCUCCGCAGCCCCGACGGCACCCAGAAGAGCCCCGCCCGCAUGUGCCGCGACCUGAGGAUGUGCCACCCCGAGUGGAAGAGCGGCACCUACUGGGUGGACCCCAACCAGGGCUCCUCUCUGGACGCCAUCAAGGUCCACUGCAACAUGGAGACUGGCGAGACCUGCAUCUACCCCAGCCAGUCCACCAUCCCCAUGAAGAACUGGUACCGCAGCAAGAACCCCAGAGAGAAGAAACACGUCUGGUUCAGCGAGUCCAUGACCGGUGGAUUCCAGUUCCAGUAUGGCAGCGAUGGAGCUGAUCCCGAGGAUGUCAGCAUCCAGAUGACCUUCAUGCGCCUGAUGGCCAACCAGGCCUCCCAGAACAUCACAUACCACUGCAAGAACAGCAUCGCCUACAUGGACUCGGCCUCCGGCAACCUCAAGAAGGCCCUGCUCCUCCAGGGCUCCAAUGACGUGGAGAUCAGAGCCGAGGGCAACAGCCGCUUCACGUACAGCGUCAACGAGGACGGCUGCACGUCACACACUGGCUCAUGGGGCAAGACAGUCAUCGACUACAAGACAUCGAAAACAUCCCGCCUGCCAAUCAUUGACAUUGCUCCUAUGGAUGUUGGUGCCCCCGAUCAGGAAUUUGGUGUCGAAGUUGGCCCAGUUUGCUUCUUGUAAAAAAAAAAAAGAGGAAGAAAUAUGGACAUGACAUUGUUGUUUUUUUUCUCGCAGUCAUCUCUAAAUCCUAUUUUCUAUGCAUUCAAAACUCAUUCGGCCGCCAUCGGUCCACAUGCUUGUUAAAACCACUCCACUGAAGACGCUAUGUUGUGUUUUUUUCCCAAUCAUGAGACGUUUCGGGACUGCUACUCCACAAGGACACUUUAAAACAAAAAAAUGUUGGUUUCCGACGGCAACAAGAACAUAUUUGCUUGUGUAAAAUGUCCCCCUUGGAGUUUGAGCAAAAAAAAAACAAAACAUCGCAAUGAGACGCAGGUGACUUUUGCCGUUUUUCGCCCACUGCGGAAGGACUUUAAAAAACAACAAAUGAUAUGUACCAUUUUUCUGGUGUUAAAUAAAUUGUAAAAAGUGUGACGUGUCUCCUUGUUGUAAAAUUGUCACAUGGGAAUGAUAAGAUCAAAACCGAAAAAGCGCACCGAGUUAUGACGGAUACCUCGUAACAAGAAGUCACCGCCAUUUUUUUUUCUUAAAGGAAAAGGGUUAUAUUUUACACAACAACAACAGCAACACAAGUCUAUUGGGGAGCAUGCAAACAUGUCAAGGUGCUAAAAGUGAGCCCCCACCUGUUGGUGUCAUUCUGACCACUCGUGCCUGCAGAAGCUUUGGUGCUACAAAAUUGACUCUUGUGGUCUUUGCAGUGCAAUUGUUUGUAACGCAUGUCAUUGUAGAUAAAAGCAAGUGACACUUUC